UUUGGAAAAGACAGGACUAUCGAGAUACAUGGAGCCAGUUUUGGGUUUCGAGCUUGUUUCUGCCAGGAGAUACUUGAAUAAAGGUAGAUCACGAGGUCUAUCGUUUGACAAGUCGCAACAAGGUGAUCUUCUCGAUCGUUGAAUCAAGAUCUCGCAAGGUUUUAUCUGCUCGAUCGUUCGGAUCUUUAUAGUGUGUAUUGUACUUUCUCAGCUGGAAAGUAAAGAUAAUAGAAACAUUGUUUUCCGAGACGAUACUCGUUUGAUAUUGAGAAGCGAGCGACGCGAGCAUUAAAUAUAAGAGAAUCGUAAGGGUGGCUGGAGGUUGGCGAACCGGUAAAUCGAGGAACCUGACGAAACCGAGAUAAUUUAGGGCAAUAUCUUAGCGUCCUUCGGAUCGACAUAGUCCGGAGUAAUUCAUAUACGCGGCCCAAUACCGUUAUAUGGGAUUUCAAUCCACGAUAUCACCACAACGUCGGCGAUAAAUUAAGUUACAGGGCUGGAAAGCCAGCCUACCGAUCGAUGCUGCUAGUCACUCGAGAGGAGAGAGUCUCGACAAGCGUGGGAGAGGGUCAACCGGAGAGAAAGUGAGGCAAAAGCUCGAUCGGCGAAGCUGUUUGACGACCUCACGUGUAUCAGGGUUCGCCGAGGUCGUCGACGGUUCUUGCCGGACGGUGACGCGUGACCUUCAACUAUGGUUCACGCGUCGAUGACCAAUGUGCUGCUCGUCGCCGGUCCAUCAACCCGAGAAUCACUCGUCCACUUCCUCUGUCAAACCUCUCUAGAGAAGAUCGAAGAUUCGACGUUUAACCGAAGUAAUCGAGGAUAAACGUAAUAACCGAGUGUAACGUUGGCGUAACGGAACAAUUAAAAAGUAAUUCCAGCGUGGACGUUGAUGUUUCAAGCGUUUAAUCGAAAUAAAUGUCGUGAUGUUGAGACGCUAAUUCGUAUUUAAUACGCGAUGAAGUUUCAAUGAUGUUUUGGCAAAUGGAGCGUUUGUGGAUGAUCGAUGGUAACGAGACGUCCAACGUUCAUUUACCAAGGGUCAAACAUCGCUAAAGAUUGAUUAUCGGUGUAAUAUCGCUCUUCGAUUCGGGGCUGUGUCUCUACGAUUAACCGUUCGAUGAUUCAAGGCGUUACACGGAAGAGAAAAAUAUACACAAAGACAGGUAUAUUGGAUUAGCGGAGAAUAAACGUCCAUCGUUGAAAGAUUUACAAGGUGUGUCGAGAAUAGUAGUCGUCACGAUGUUAAACGUUCAACGACGAUACUGUUAUUGAUACUUUGUUGGCGUCGAGAGGUAUAAGUUAAGACGGUAGGAUCUACGAGUGACUGGGAUGAAUGGAGUUGUGGAGGUAACUUGAUUCUGACCACGUUGUCGUGGAUAUUACUUCAAAAGUAUUUUUAAUACGGUAAACGUAUACAGACAUUUGACCUGUCCCUCUAACGUUUGAAGAAAAUUAAGAACCUUAAGAAAUUGUUGAAAACUAUGCAAAUUUGGUUAAUUACGUUCACAAAGUAAGGUGACGUUGUUGUUUGCACGUGUUUAAGCGACUUGAAUGGGGAUGAGAUAGCAGCAAGAUGAACGACUAAGAGGAACAACCUUGAAUAAAGUUAAUUUUGCUGCACAUCGGAGAUGGUGCGUUUAAUUUGAGACGGUAUGAUCGCUGGAAGCGGUGAUGAGGAAAUCCCGUCGGACGAGGAAAGGAGUUUAAAUUGCAAAUGCUGCGCCGCCGGAUCGACGAUUGUCGUUUCCACGUGGCAUCGGACGCGUUCUCCACCGAAAUGUAAUUUUAGCGAAUAGAUCCAUCGUCGAAGGGGGUCGUGUGAAAGACCUCGCGUCUAUAUCCAGUUCUUCAAGACCAUGGACGUUAAUUAAUCGAGCAUUUAUUCGCCGAAUCAAGGUUACAGUGACUUUAAAUUGUCAGUUGUUAUAAACAAUUCGUAUCGAACACGACAUAAAUCAUACGUAAUCGACAUCUUCUCUUUCCUCGAAUAAGAUGGGAAGAUUCACUGCGAACAGUGAAGUGAAAAAUAAUUUACCAGAGACGAUCAAACGUUUUGAAGAAUCAUUUUCAGAAGAUAGCGUUGCUACGAUCAGCUCAGUGAUUGUUAUGAAAAAUUGUUUUGGAAACUGAAUCAGUGUACGAUGAAAAAAUGACGAUAACGAAAAACUGGGUAGACAAUCGUUUCUCUUAAAACAAUUGUGUAUAUACGUAGUGAUCGUGAUACUCGAGAUAUUUGGUAAGCACAAGACAAUCAACCAUGUCGAUCUUACAUCUUUCAAUCUUGCAUGGAUGAAGGAUGAAAUAGUUUGAAACUUUCUUCAUCUUGAAAUGACACAGUAAAGCAUUGAAACUAGUGUAUACGAGACAUUCAACGCGAAGAAGACAGCCUUUCGGUCAGCUUCAGAGAAGUACACACAAGAUUCGUAAAACUGUAAAGAAGGAUCUCAGAGGCAUAAGAGCUAAACACGGACGUCGACGUAACUUAUGAUGGGCUGCAGACCGGCAGCAAAGUCGAAGGUGGCGGAAGGGUGCGGUCGCGGGCAGCUCCAGGCAGCUUCCUCGUCGCCGAGGUGUAACGAGGUGAUCAUCGAGCUUCCCAGCGAGACGACGAUCGUUCAGAAGCGAGAGGAUCGGGGUUCGAGCGCGGCCGCCGGGACGGAGGAGGAAGAAGAGGAGGAAGAACUGGCCAAAGGACGAGGUUCCUCGUGUUGGUCGUCGAGAUUCGAGCUGUCGUUCUCCGUGAACGAGUCGAGUUUCAGCAGAUAGCUGCCAAGUGAGAAUGCAGAGGCUGCGUUCGACCUUCAAGAGGUCGCGCACCCCGACGGGAGCGGAAAUGAAGUCGCAGUCGAGUCUCGAAGUACCGAAGCAAGUCAGGUCGGCCUCCUUCGACGAGAUCCAAUUGGAAGCUAAACGACAGGACGAUGCGAGGGACGGCAGAUCGACCAGGACCACGUCCUCCUCGUCGUCCUCGUGUUCACCGGCGAGGUCCCAAGAUUCGUCGCGUGGAAGACGAUCCGUGACGCUCAGGGUACCGCAACUGCACAGCGGCCAAAGGUCCAAGAGUUUCGACGUGGCUGAACGGAGCUAUGGAUCUUCCUCCAGUCAACAAUCUCUUGGCAGCGUUCGACGUCCGGAGACACCGACGAUUCAAAUCUCUGGAUGUUACCACUGUAUCUGCGUGGAAGAGUAUAAGAAUCUUUAUCUUAGUAGAGACGAGGAUGAUCCAUCGUCGAGAGAAGAUCUCGAUGACGACGCAGAUGCAGACGACACUUCGGAGGACGAAGACUCUGAAUUAGUGGAUAAGGGCGAAGCUAGUCCAGAAAUUAGAGUCACGUUGACAACGUUUACCGAGAAAGAGCCAGAUGUUGCCGAUGUGGUGUCCGAAACGGUGCCAACUCCUACCGCCGUCCCUGAGGUCGUCCCUAAGGUGGUGCAAGAUGAAAUGUCCGAUAUCAGCGAGCUCAGAGGCGGUCUAUUUCCGGGCAGGGAACGUAGGAGGUCGAUCUCCUCUCCGAAACUUGCUCGACAAGAAGCCCUAACGUCGUACCCUCUGGAGCUUCCGACGGUGGUUAGCUCGACCGAGGAUGAGGAAGAAUCGACCCACGAUCUUGGCUCGAACAAGUGCAAGUUCGUCGUCAGAGAUAUCUUUUUGACCGUUCCGGAGUUGAAAAGGGAUCGCGCCGCAUCCGUGGACUCCUGCUUCAAUAACAAGAAUGGACAUGGCGAGGAUGCCGAUACGUUGACCGUUCCUCAGCAAAAUAUACGAUCGAAGAGCGUCGAUAUCGUUCUGCCUACCGAGGCGCAGACGAGGUACACGGCUCUGCUGCCUGACACCGAGGCUCGACCUCCAAGAGGAGGGAGAGAAGAGGGUGGAACGAGUGGCGGUCACCGUGAACCCCGAUCAACACCCGAUUGGGGUCCCGGUGCACUUAAUGGAGAACAUCUUUGGGUACCAACGUCAGCUUCCGGUGACUUCUGUUACGUCAAUGACUGUUCGAAACACGGGCCCCGGAUGAAAUGUGCAGCCUGCAGAGUGGUAGCCCACGCUGUGUGCGCGGUGAGUCUGAACUUCGCCUGCAAAUCUAGCUUCCGGGAUGUCGGGGUCCGCCAGUAUCGGGAACAGACGAACACUCACCACCACUGGGUACACCGACGAUCACAGAAGGGGAAAUGCGCAAAUUGCGGCAAGUCGUUCCAAUCGAAGCUGAGCUUCACCUCGAAGGAGAUUGUCGCGGUGAGCUGCAGUUGGUGCAAGCUAGCCUAUCACAACAAGGAAGCGUGCUUCAACGUUCAGAAGAUCGGAGAAAACUGCGAGUUAGGUAUUCACGCGUCUAUCGUAGUGCCGCCAUCCUGGAUCGUGAAGCUUCCCAGGAAGGGCAGUUUCAAGAGUAGCUUGAGAAAAUCGCCGAGAAAGAAGAAAUCUGGAAGCGGUGCUGGCACUGCGUCCAUCAGAAAGAAAUCGAAAGAAAAGGAUAAGGAUAAAGAGCAGGAUAAGGAUCAGGGGAUGUUAUGGGUGGUGAAACCUAUACCUACGCCAUCUGUGAAACCGGUGCUGGUUUUCAUUAACCCAAAAUCAGGCGGCAAUCAGGGAGCCAAGCUUUUACAGAAGUUCCAGUGGCUGCUGAAUCCGAGGCAAGUCUUCGAUCUGACCCAGGGUGGACCCAAGAUGGGGUUGGAAUUAUUCAAGACAGUUCCUAAUCUACGAGUUCUGGCGUGUGGCGGCGACGGUACGGUCGGUUGGGUAUUAUCGAUCCUGGAUCAGAUCGGCGCAUCUCCUCCACCAGCGGUGGGCGUGCUUCCUCUGGGAACCGGAAACGAUCUGGCCAGGGCAUUAGGAUGGGGCGGCGGUUACACCGACGAGCCAAUUGGGAAGAUUUUGACGAAUAUCGGAGAGAGCGAUACGACGUUGUUGGAUAGAUGGCAACUGGUAGUGGAGAGGAAUCCUGAUGCGCAAGGCGACGAUGAUAAUGGCAAAGGCAAAGAGAAUCUACCUCUGAACGUCGUUAAUAAUUACUUCUCUCUUGGUGUGGAUGCGCACAUUGCCCUUGAAUUUCACGAAGCUCGAGAGGCGCAUCCAGAAAGAUUUAAUUCGCGGCUACGAAACAAAAUGUUUUAUGGUCAAAUGGGUGGUAAGGAUCUCGUGCGACGAAAAUGGAAAGAUCUCUCAGAAUUCGUGACUUUGGACUGCGACGGCCAGGAUAUGACACCGAAGUUGAAGGAGCAUCGAGUUCACGCUAUAGUCUUCUUGAACAUCGCCUCGUACGGCGGCGGAACGCAUCCUUGGGGUGCUGCGAGUGGAACCAAAGAACCAUCAACGGAAGAUGGAAUGAUCGAGGUUGUUGGUUUAACGACGUACCAGCUUCCGCUUCUUCAAGCAGGUGGACACGGCACCUGUAUUGCUCAAUGUAGCACAGCUAAGCUGGUUACUACAAGGACCAUUCCAAUGCAGGUCGAUGGCGAGGCUUGUCGACUGCUGCCAUCCAUUAUAAACCUAAAACUGCUAAACAAAGCGACAAUGCUAGCGAAACGAAGGAACGCGAGCAAACCUCAGCAAGACGUCAAACUGGAGAGGUUAAAACUGCCGGUGAUGAAGAUCAAGAUGUUAGAUUACGAGAGGUAUCAUCACGAUAAAGAUAUGUUGAAGAAGGCCGCGACCACAUGGAUCGCAGAUCCACUUGAUCUCGACGCCACCACCGACCUAGAAUCACUGAGGAAGAUCCUGGCGAAAGACCAUAACAUGGACACUUGUUGCUUCCUCGACUCGUGUACCGCGGAACGAUUCUUUAGGAUUGAUAGAGCUCAAGAGCAACUCCAUUACGUGACUGAUGUAGCUGUCGAAGCGGUGUACGUUCUCGAGGAGAGUGCCUCCAAUCAGUCGAACGAGCCUGAUGGAACGAAGAUGUCUACGAGCCAGGAAUCGGCAACCGCUCAUCCGUCGCCAAGCGAAGAACGACCAACAAAAAAUGCAGCCAUGACAAACGAGAAGCCUAAAGAAGAGUCAAAGGCGCAGCCAGUUUCGGAACCACAGAACGCAACGCCUGAAACUGCAGUGCCUGAAAUUGCAGCGCCUGAAACUGCAGCGCCUGAAUCACCACCUAAAACUGCAACGCCUGAAUCACCACCUGAAACUGCAGCGCCUGAAUCACCACCUGAAACACCACUUGAAACAAAGAUACAGGACAAGGAUCAGGAUACUGCGAAAUCUCAUGAAUCGAUGAGUAAAGACGCGCCUCAAGAUGAAUCUCCAAAUGUGAAAAAGGAGGAAAAAAUAUCUGGAGACGCGAACAAGCAAAGCAGUUCCUCAAAAUCAAUCUCUGCCACGGUUGUCUCACAGUCACAAAAUCAAACACUACCUACCUUCAUUAGUCCACGAGAUAGACUUUUUGGCUUGAGUUCUGAGGUUCAUACGUUUCACACGAGUUUACUGGAGAAAGCUAGCGAUGGCAUUUUGAAAUCAGCGAAAAUCGGCGAUCUACAGGCUUUGAAAGAAUUUCACGAGAAAGGAUACUCUCUUCUAUCCAUCGACUCCUCUGGACAAACUGCUCUUCACCUAGCGUCAAGAUAUGGUCACAAGGAUAUUGUCAGAUAUCUUAUCGCUUGCGCACCAUCGAGUAUUCUCAAUAUGAUCGACAACGACAAAGGUCAAACCGCUCUGCACAAAGCGGCUCAAUAUAAACGUCGUUCCAUUUGCUGCAUGUUAGUGGCUGGCGGUGCUACUUUAAUCAUCAAGGAUCGACACGGCAACACACCUCGCGAUCUAGCCCUGCAAGCGGAGGACCGUGACCUCGCGGCGUAUUUAUGCAGUCAAGAGCAGUUCCAGCUGACAACAGAAGAAAUGGAGAACGCGCUCUGACCUCUGGCCGUAAUUGGUAGAGCCUGAGCUGAUCCUGAGUAAAAUUCUAUCUUCGAUGGAACAACCAGAGGGAGAGAUCCAGGCGAACGAACUACGAUCAUCAUCGACAUCGGUCAUCAACGAUACACGUUCGUUUUCCCUCUCUCUCUAUCUCUCUAUCUCUCUUUCUCUCUCUCUCUCUCUUUCUCUCUAUCUAUCUAUCUCUCUCUCUUUGUUUGCGUAAGUCGCAUGUGAUAAAUCGAUAUUUAUUCCAUCGACAGAUUAGCGAUGUCGACGCGUAAUUUACCAAGGUGCUCUCCAACCUUUCUCGUCGGAGCCUCGAGAUCCCUUUCUACGAACGUGUAAAUUAAUUACAUUCUGCAUAGAUGAACAAUACAUAGAUACAUACGUGUUACAUAUGUACAUGCGUACAUGUGUUGUAUAAAGAUUAGGAAACUUUUUCGAUCGAUUGCGAGCCUCUACAUGCAUACACGUAUAUAUUUUUAAAAUCGUACUCUCGUAUAGUUAAGAGAGGAAUCGUAUAAUAAUUUACGCAUAUUUCCUCUCGACUUACCAACGACGAAACCGCGCGAACAGAUUGUCCGCAAAUUAUUUCGAAGAUAGUCGCACGAAUGUCGAGGAAUAAUACACGCGUGUGUAGAAGAUUCAAGUGUAAUUAGGAAACUUUUUGCUCAUUCGCAACGUCGCUGUUGCGUGUAACGUAUCGGCGAGUUUUAAGGGUGUGGAACUUGACGGGGUACGACCCGAGAAAGAAACCGAAUUAGUGAGAGGCUAGGAUCAAAGGAAUAUGAUAAUUGGAAAAAUUAAAUCGAGUAGCUGAUGUAUUAUAAAGACUAAUCUUCAUCGUAUUCGUUUGUAUGAUUUUUUAUUUUAUAUUUUUCUACGUUCCAUUUUCUAGGUAUUACAAGUUGGCAAAGUAUAAAUAAACUAUAUUUAUCAAUUUAGCUCUGUCGUUCCGCGUAGACGCGAUUUUUACAAUUUUUCGCCUCCGCGUUUUUAUCGCGAACGCUGUCGCCUUCUUUCAAACGCGGAGGACGCGUAGUUUCUAGGGAUUAGCGUUCACAGAGUUGGACAGAAAUUUUCGUUCCAAUUGAAAUUAGAAUUAUUCGUUCGAUCAUAGUGAUCGUUAGGAUCGUUGAUCCACGGUAGAAUUCUCUUUGUUGUUUGUUGAAAUUUUUCAGAACACAUUGUUAUCCUUGUUGUGCCCUCAUAAAUUUUUCUUUCUGUUAUUACUCGAUCGAUCGUUCGAGCUGUACGAGCCUACAUUCGAAGAAACGUUUUUGAUAAUCGUGAUCGACAAGCGAAAUAUUUACCGUGACGGUUAUUUAUUGAAUUUCGUCAAGAAGGAAAGAAGUUCUAUCCGACUCUGCUGGUAUACAAACGUUUACUUAAACUAUCUUGUUAAAUUAUUCUCUUCGCUUGUUCUAGGAUACCUCGUCACACCGGGUAUACAUAUCUUUUUCUAUUUAAAGAAACAAGUCUCGCGUUAAUAUACAUAUUAUAUAUAUAUACAUACAUAUAUAUACAUACAUAUAUUUUCUACGUACGUUAAAAUACUGAUAUAAUAUUUAUUGUUCUUAAGAUACAGAGGUUUCUUCACGAUGCUGUUUUUUCUUGUCAUUCGAACAUUUGUCGAAUUUCUUGGCACUGCUUGGACACACACACACAUACACACACACGUAAACACAUGCGUACAUACAAUUACACACACGAUUUCAAGAAAAAAUGGAACUACUGAGAGAAGGGAAGUAUGCAUGGAUUUAAUAGAAAAAUCUAUGAAAAGUAUUUUGCAAGUUGGAUAAUACAAUCUACUUUGAAAAGCUUCAUACGUGGGAUUAGCGUGAUAUAAUCGAUUUAACGUAUUUGCGUGAUCACGUGAAAUUUAAUCGACAUAUCUUCUAGCGUUAUAUAUGAUAUCGAGAUACAAUCAGGAGUUUCGUGAUGGAAAACACCGAUUCAAACGAAAUUGCGCCAGUCAGUCGAUGAACCAACAAAGUCUUAAAUCGCAGUUUCAUAUGGAAUCCAUAACAGAGGUGGUACCUUCGUUAAAAUUUAAGAAUAGAAAAGUUGUCUUGGGAUAAAGUGAUACAAUUGUAAGCAUCGAUCGCAGAAUAACUUUCUAACAUCUCUUCCACGCCAACACAAGUAUUCUUUUAUCCUUCCAAUAUACGUGUAUGUUAUUCCAUUAGAAACAACUAAUUGAAUAUUUCAAUCCUCUGCAAGCUCUUUGAUACGCAGCUUCAGGGUAUAUUUCGAUGUAAUUACACAAUAACAUUUAAUUCUCUUCAGGCGCAUUAAAAUCAGCUUUCCCUACGAAUUUUUAUUGAAUUCACGUGCUUGGAGCAUGAGAACGCGAUUUAAGGAUUCCAUUAUUGACAAGAGAUCCAUUGUAUCGCGCCUAUCCAUAAAAAUGAUCGGAAGUAACGAAGUCUUCGAGAAACGUAGCCAAGCAGCGACGUUCACCCAUUUGAGCGAUAUUAAAAUCGAUUGAGAAACGAGAACAAGCAGAGGUCGGAUAAAAAUGAUAGGGGGAAUAAUGAUAAACGAAUGGAUAAGCGAUCGAGGAGAAGAAUUAUCAUAACUCGGUACCAAAAUGAAAAAAGGGAUCAACGUACGAACACCAAUUAGCUCUUAAAAAGACGGUCUAUCGUCGCUUAUUAUAUUAUACUAUUACUAGACUACUCUAAUUUUAUUGUCGAAUUAUAUCGUAUAACGUAUACAUAUGGUACUCGUUCGUUCCUACGGACACGCGAGAUCGUUUUCUUCAAUACGAUGGAGUUACGAUAAUAUACCUUUAGACGUCUACGAGGUAAGUUAUCCAUGUUGGACACCCGCGAACGCGUUCACGAAUGUUUAAUAUCAAAUACUCUCUUUUUCUCUCUCUCUUUCUUUGUCUCUCUCUACUCAAUUCGCUAUAGCAUUAAGUAUUUAAAUAACCACUUCGAAAUGUAUCGUAGAUGAUAAUAAUUUCUUGUUUCAUGCGUGUUUCGUGUGUAUCUGUUUCUCGCGCUCUCAUCAGGAAGAGCCAUCUUUCAUCUUCCAGUUCUAUCGGCCCGCAUAUAUUUUUAUCGUUAGACGAAUGAUCCAAGGAAUUCCUACGAGAAACGAUCUUCAAACGUUUCAACGAUUUCAUGAUCUAGCAGCGUUGUAGUGAUUCGCGAGAGGAACUCGAUAUUACAAAUUAACAAUGAACGUUAGAUCGAUGUGCAACGAUUUAUAUGAAUCGUCCACGCAUCGAUUCGUCUGAAUUUUUUCGCUUCGUAUCCAGCUUCGACUCUAGUCGCGUUAAGAAGCGUGAAAAAUACGAGUACGUAGGAUGUACAGUAGGUUGGGUGAAAUAGAUGGAGAGAAAUCGUAUUCGCGCGUGUCCGCUCCACGUUUGUCUCUUAUCCUCUGUAAUUAAACUGAUAUUUUUAAGUGAUCGAGUUAGAGACCGAGAUUAGAAAAGUUCCGCGGCGAGGAAUCGCACGUGCGUAUACGGCCGCAUAUCAAAUAAAUUAAUUGUAAGUAUAUCAGUAGAGAGUGCUGGUAUAUUCAAUAUAGCGAUGGUGAAUCGAUUCUAGAAAUGCCUUCGAGCGUAAGAUACGUUGUUCUGAUUAUUUUUUAUAUGUAGCGUAAUCACGAUGCCUUUGUAACUCUAUCCCGGUUAAAUGUACGUCGUUCAUCGAACGGACGAUCGAUUUUCCAUUGUAUUUAAUGCCCCUAUUAUUUAACGAGAACAAACCUGAGGUCUUACGUUCGAUGAACGUCGCAACGAUUUAGAGAAGCACGAAGAAAGAAGAAGCCAGAACAGUACGCUGAAAUAUAGCUAUAAACAUUGGUUGAACGUUUUAUUCGAUUGAGAGAAGCUUCGCGUCGCUUAUUUAAAUUAAGCCGAACGGACGGAAAUGUUUUAAUUUAAAUGAUAUUGAAAUUUUCCAAGUUCUCAAUGAAACAUUCGUUAACUCCAACGUUAUUUGAAUUUCAUUAAAAAUUUCAAUUAAACUUGCGUUCAGAGUAUAAAAGAUCCUCCCUCGUUUUGUUUUUCGUUUCCAUUCCGGCGUUUAUGUUCCGUUAUCCUCGGUUCAAGUUAUCGUAGAACAGCCAUCGUUUUCUUUCAGUUUCGUCGAACCGUCACGUCGUCAUCUACGUUAACGUACAUCGUGAUUAUAGCCACCUGUGUAAAAUUUCGAUUCGAUGAGCGAACGUUUCUUUUUAGGAAUCGAUCCACAAGUAAGAUUGUUCUUGCGAUCGUUCUAUCGUUUCUCGCCUCGCGAAGAUCCUUCGGUGAUGCGUGAUAUCGCGCGUCGAAACAUGUAAAUCGUUAAAUCGAACGAUAAGAUUUAAAUACUUACGAAUCGUGUUAAAUCGUCGUGUUAUUAAAUACGAAAGUUAUAAGAAAAGAUUUGUUCUUUCAUUUUGUUUUUUCUUUUUUCUUCUUAUCUCAUCUAUCGUCUAAUAGGAUCGUGAUGCAUUCGAAUCGUUUCAAUUACUCGGAGAUUUCGAUGCGCGUUUCUAUAAUUUCCUUACCAAUCGAGUUUAGGCACCGGUUAUAAUAUCCGAAUUUUGCACUUUUUAAAUCGUAAAUCACGUUCGUGUAGAUGUUUCAAAGAAUAUUUUCCUAGAUUCUAAGAUCUGUACAGAAACUAUAACGAAGAAAUAACGAAGGUUACGAUAAAUAAAUGCUCGAUGAUGAUGUGAUCGAUCAAUGGAGCGAAAUAGUUAACGAAGGAUGAAUGAACAACGUUAUUAAUGUUAAAGUUGAAUUUCAUUAUUAGCUAACGGAAGUUGCGAGUUUAUUUUAAGGGAUCAUUGUUGGAACAUUGUACGGUUAAAGGUUUUCUUUCAAAUACCUGGGGAAUAAUGUUUAUUCGAGAUUACUAUAGAAAAUAGAGAUAAAAUAGGAAUAAUUUUAAUCGUAGAAUAAUACAAUAUUAUUCUUAACUCUUGACGGAUAUGGAAACAGACACGUACGUGUAAAUACUUCGAAUAGAAGAUAUUUCAAUUUCAUGCCAUUUCGAUCGAUCGAUAAUUCCGAUAUAGCGAUAACAAUUGUCUCGAUAAAAAUUUAGUUCUUCCGGAGAAUAUAUCCGCUUCGAUGAAAGGGAGAAGAAUCUGUUUUACGCGUUAUCCAAUAUCUUUUCGAAUCCUGUACAUAUCUCGCACGCGUAUGUAUAUUGAAAUUUCAAAUAGUCACAAUUUAACAUAUUGAAUAGAAGAAAAAGGAAAAAGAAAAAAAGAAACGAUCGACUAUAUCUGUGGAAAUGUUCGACAUUUUUGUCCGUGACAUUUUAUUCUCGUAACGUAACGUAACGUAACGUCAGUAGUCGAUUUAUUCGUACGUGCGUAUAUAAAUGUAUUUUUACUGAGAUUAUCACGAUUAAUCGAUGGUCACGAGGCAAACACGUAUUAAAGUUUUCACAGACGAAUUCAAAUUUUCUAAUCUCCUGCGAGCUUCGUUGUAAGCAAGGCGACGUUUUAAAUGGUUUUCCAUUGCUUCCCAAAUUUUUGAACCAUUUCUCUUCGAACGUAACAGAACGAUUCGAGAUUCCCUUUGAACUUUCUCGUGUUAAUCUUACGCUUUAACCUUCGUCAACGUCCAAUAAAGCGCGACUCCUGUUCUCCCUUUCUUUUCCCUUUUGUAUUUGUCAUUUUCUUCUUUUCUAAAGCGAUGAUCAAUAGAGAACCGUUCUAUCGUGAAAAUUCAUUGCGUCACGGUGUUUCUUAGAAAUUCAACAUUCCGGAACAAAUGAAAGCGAAAGCGUCAACAUAGAUUGAAGCACGCUGUUAGUCGAACAACAUUUAGCUUUGAAAUUUUAAUGCCAAAGAAGGCAUUAUAAUAUUCGAGAAGCAUGGAAAUGUCAGUGGAUAUUAAUGUUUUUAUUCGAUGCAUUUUGAAGCGAGAGCUUUGAGAAUAAUAGCGCGUCUAUGGCGAUCGACGGUAAAUAUUUUAUUAAACGAUUCCUGAAGAUAUACAGGGUGAUUUACCUGAUACGGCGACUCGAAUUUAUUCUACGCUAUUCCUUAUACAAAAAUGCAUAUGGCACGAAGAUCGCAUAAUUUCAAGAAGUAAAAGCACGUUAUAAGAAUUAUUUUUUUUUUCGUCUACGAUAAUCAUACAAGGUUUUGAAGAUCUAUAUCUUUGCGGUUAUUAAAAGAGUAUUAAAAUUUGAAUAAAAAUUGUAUGCGUUAAAUACGACAUAGACUCUCCUUUUUUUUCGUUUAUUCGUUGUUUAAUUUUUCUACUUCGAUCAUCGUCGCGUGAUGAUAAAAUUAUGUUAUGACGUAGUUUGCAUUAUAUGAUAAACAAUUCCAAGUUUAUAUCAUACUUUUGCUUCCAAAGAGUUUAUUGAUAUUCUAAAUUUAGUUAGAAUACUAAUGAAUACAUUCUGCGACCUCCAAUGAAAACCAAAAAUAAAACUUACAUCCAGUAGACAAAAAUAAAGCUUAUAUCGAACAAGUAAAAAUAUUCUUCCACUUAUUUCUUCAGUAAGAUGUGCAUAAAAGAUCGAGGCGUCAAGAAAUCGAAUCUAACUAUAUUAUAGGUAUUACGACUGGAUAUUUUAAUUUGGAAUUUCAGCUUUAUUUCCAAGCUCCGUACUAUGAAUUUUCUCAUAGCAUGAAACAUAUUGAUCUUGCUCACAGUCGCUGACAAGAAUCUCGAGAAACACUGUAACGUGACGAUUAAACUUCAUCAUCGAGUAUAAUUUCUCCAGUAUAUUUCUACAAUGUGUAUAAAAAUACGAAGAAACGUUAAUGCUUAUAUCGAAUUUCACGAGAUUUAUAUUAUCGUACAUGAUUUGUUAUGGAAAUAAGGAGGUUGUAGGAGGAGGAGGGGGUAAUGUUGGCAAAAGAUCAAGUGGUUCCAUCAUUCUUCCAGAAGGACGAAUGUAAAAUAAUUUCAUUUUCUGCUUUUUAGCAGAAUUGCUCUUAUUCGAACUUUAUUCUUUUGUUUGGAUAAUUGGAGCAAUAAAUAAAUAAAUAAUAAACAGUUCGAACAUUACGUUCGAACUUCGCAAAAACGUCAUAAGUAAAUUCAGGUGUAUUUGAAUUAAAAUAUUCCAAAUUUAAAUUCUUUGGUGCGAAGUAAUUAUCGAAUAAUAAUAUUUUCAACUUUUCUGUAUUGCAUUGUCUUUCAGCGAAUUUUGAUCUGCGAACGAAUUAUGAUAAUAAGAAUUUAACUUCCCCUGCUGCUUAGAUUUAAAUUUACUGCUUACAAUUGAAAAUUAUGUUAAAUUCAUUCCAGAUUUCAGACAUUGAAAAUGCCAUCAGACUGAUUGUCCAAGCGAAUCUCCCAAAGGAAAAAUACCGCCGAUAUUGUUGCAAAAGGAAAGAAAGAAAACGUCUCUGUCGAUGUAUCGCUUCUCAAGGGAACCUGUUACUUUGAUUUCUCAAAAUAAAACCCCUGUAAAUUUAAUCUCCUUAUUUUUUAUAACAGAUCGCGUAUUUGUAAUACACAUACGAACUAUCAAGUCAACUAACGAGUAAUACGAGUGUUUAAACAAAAAUCGCGUAUUAAAAGAGGAGUCGUGAAGAAGGAUAUCGGAGAAUGUUAAGAAUAUUGAAAGAACAGUCUACGGACAAAUAAAAAUUUAUCUAGAAAUAAAGGAGCAAGUAUCAAUAACUGAAAUAAUUACUUUAUAUGUAACUUUGUUAAACGACGAAAAUACUCGUAUUGCUCGUGGAACGGUCUUAAACGAUUACUUAACGAAGAGAUGAAAAAGUCAAUGCCUUUUGAGGUUCGCGACUGUGUAUCGAGUUUAAGGGAGAACCGGAACGAAGAAGAUAAUGAGAAACGAGAGACGUUCCCGAAAGUUCGAAAGUUUCCUUCAGAUCAAAUUGACUUAUCGGUAUAGAUAAAUAUUUUCACUGAUUUCCUCUCGGAAAGUAAUUUCCUUUUCGUCGUCGAUCAUAAAACCGUGUGCCUAUCACUCGGUUUUAGUAUUAUUAUUCGUUAGGGGAAUAAUCGUUCUCGUAAUCGCACCAAUUACCACGCCCGCGAUUAGAUUGAAAUCGCGACAGGCAAAGCUUUCACGCGAGAUCGAUCAUCAGAACCGUGAAGAAGGACAUUGAAGAAGCCAUUAUUACUAGUUAAUGCAUAUGAAAUGUCGUUUCUCCGGAGUUUCAAUUUGAUAGGCAAUGGACCAGCCAUGAAAUUUCCUCCUAUCGUCAAUUAUUCGAUUUCAGCGUCAAAGGAAGAAGAAAUUUCCCAUGAAUCGCGUUAGAAAUAUUUCGAAUAAAAAUAUCCAAAUUAUGUUUCGCGCGAUUCUCUUACAUCAGUUUUCGAGAAGAUGUUCUAAAAGUGAAUAUAAACGAAACUUGGCAUUUGUAGAGGGUUAAAAAGACAUUCUUUACGUAUGUUUCGAUCUUUUAACAUACAAAUUAUCUUAAAGGAAGUUGUAACAACGCCAAUUCAAGAAUCUCUGAAUGUUAGUACUAGCAAUUCUUAUCAAUUCCGAACAAUCAAGUUAAUCGAGAAGGUGCAUUGUAUCGUACGAGAAUUACUUUCGUCGAAUAUAUGACGUUUCGAACAAACUACGUGUCUUCAAAAUGUAAUUGGAGAAAGUGACGUUCCGUAUGCAUCAACCGAAACGAAUAAUUCCGCGUAAUGAACGAAUCGCGAACGUAUCACGAGUAGAGCAACUAGAGGAACGAGAUUGGCAAAAAGGUGAAUAAACACGAAGAAUAAAAAGAAAAAAAGGAACAAAAAAAAAAAAGAAAAAUAGAGAAUGUGAGAUGAUAAUCGGAGAGUGUGUGCGAGAGUAUGAGCGUGUAAAAAUGGCGCGGAAUUUCCCAAAGAGGAAAAAGAAACACAGUAUUGCCUUUCUCAGGGACGCGGCCUUGGCCCGUGAAUUUCAUUUUAAGUUCUUAGAGCAAUAAAUCGGCGACAAUCACGGCGUUUCGGGCCGAGUUCGCGUCGCUGAAACAUCUUCUCGUCUGUCCCGUGUGCGCGUUUCCACUUCUGUCCUCUACGCUUAGAACGACGACGACGACGAAACCACGCUGAGCCGCGAUUCAUGUGAAUACUUAACUAAUUUCGCGCGCUCGACUUAAUACAACAGUGCCUGCUCAACUGUCGCAGGUGAGGAACUGAAGAAAUCGUGUUGUCGUGAAGUUGUGUAGAGGAAAUAAAUAUAUAUACAUAUAUAUGUAUAUAUAUAUAUAUGUAAUGGUGUAAUAUUUUGGAAAUCAGGCGAUCGAUUCGUGAAAACUUUAAAUUUUAUCGAAUUUACAUAUUUAUAUUUUAAAAAUUGUUAGUUGUUAUUUCUGGGUUUUUCUUUUAAGUGACUUCUUACUAUUUCAUUCUACCGAACGGUGAGUGAAAUUGGAAACGCGAGUGAAAUGGAGGAAAAGUUAUCAAUUCGAACAGCCGUGUUACGAUAUGUGGCAUAAAUCUGCACGAAACUCUUGGAAUAUCUGUUUUUAACAAAAAUUUAGUAUCUCACGUAGAAUGUGAACUUAUAGUUUCACGCGUGUUUUAAGUAAUAUACCAAUACACCAAUAGAUUGUCGAUCUUUAUGUAAAUUCAUAUUUCUAUGAAUAUAAGUAAAAAAAUGGAACAUAGAAAAUUGUUCUACUUAUACUUAUCAGGUAUUACAGAGGUAUUACUGUAUUUUGAAUAUUUUACAUAUUUUCGAAUGUUACGUGUAUUCGGUGUAAGGCAUUUGUGCAGUCAUAAAUUCUCAUAAAUGCAUACAAAUUUUAACGUAUUUAAAUAUUAAAUUGAACGAUAUUGUUCCAUAUUUCUUGAUAGUUAUUUAAUUCUUACGAAUUUUGAAUCAAAUGUGACAACUGUCCUAAGACUUUUGAGCGGUGGUGUAGGUGCAGGUAUUUGAAUUUUGACGAAUUAGAGGUUCACUUAUUUAUUACGUAUUUGUUCACACACAAAGGUUGUAAUAGAUUAUUAAGAUAAAAUAUGACGUAAUUUAUUUCCGUAAUAGUGUUUCCUUUAUUAUUAUUGUGCUAUUAUUUUAGAAUUAUUUACGUCUUUGUUAUAGCAUUAUUAUUUAUAUUUAUAUUCUUAUUUCCUUAUUAUUUGUCGUAUUAUCGACACGAGAAUUACCAAAUCUGCCAAAAUGAGAUGUUUCGAAAAAUUAUUGUUUGCUGAAACUAUGCAAAUGUUUUUAUCAAAAUUAUAUACAAUGUUAGCUUUUAUCAAGGUAAAAGUAUAAUCAUAUAUAUUUAUUUAUUUUCAACACACGCGGCGAAUAUAAUUAUUUACCAUGGCACAUUACAAAUCGGUAGUUUUAAUAUUAAUUAAUAUUAAUAGCGUUAAUGUACGUUACGUUACGCGUAAAAUUCUAUUAAUUCACUCUGAAUUAAUCCCACAAUCAUCAGGUAUCCAUGUCGAUACGAACGAGAAGAUUGCUAAAUUCUUACUAAAAUUUCCCCACGGUCUGUAAUUUUAUUCAAAGCAAUAUUAAUGGAAGUACGAUGCAUAGGAUGUCUAUGCACCUUGACAUGCGGCAGUUAAACAGGCUUCGAUGUAUUUCCGGUCCACGCUCGCAAUGCCUCGUCGACUAUUGGUGGCGUCAGGAUCGAUGCAUACAAGUGGGUUUUGUCGCGUGGAUAUUUCUUUUCGCGUGCGUAUUUUUCUUUUCGCGUGAGCGAAACUUGCGUUUCAGAAAUAGAAAAAGGCGCAACGGUGUAAUCUCACGACGCGACGGUCAAUUUUCGCCUGUUGCGAAUUCUCGCGUGUCGCUGAUGCAUUCGCGAGCAUUGCGACAUUUAGCUGAAGAUAAAACUCACUCGUCCACAUCGGGCUUUAGUCGCGUGAAACUUCGUAUUUAACGCUUCGCUAACCCUUUCGUUGCUGCGGGUGAUUAUAAUCAUCCAACAUCGAGCGCUUUCUAACAAAGGUGACUAUAGUUACUCGUAAAAAUGUCGUAUUAGUCGUUAACUACAAUUAAUAAAGGAAAUUUCAUAUUUUAGUUGUACUAUAAUUAUUUGAUACAGUUGUAAAUAAUGUUUGACGUAAUACGGUUGACCAUUAACGAUGAUUAUAGUCAUCCGUUAAAAUUUCGGAUUAUUAUAGUCACCGGAUAAUAAUACCAAUUGUAUUUCGUUAACGACCGUGACUGAACACAUCAUAGUUUGAUAUUUCUGGUUAAUACAUUCACUGUUAUUGACGCUCAUGUUGCGCUCAUUCAAAUAUUUGAGUAAUCUUGCUGACGCAACCACUGACAGAAUAAUUUAUUUAGGCAGACAAACAGAGCGGUGGCCAGCGUAACGAAACGAAAGAUUAUUGCUUGAAACGAAGACAUUUGCUAUGAGAGAAAAAUCCAAUUCGAGGAAUAGGUCGUUGCAUUUUAGCAGCAGUGAAUAUUUCAAGCGAAAUUUUCCUCUAGAAUUGUGCAAUUUUUGUAUUUUGUUAUAUUACUUUGAUAUACACUACGAGUCAAAGGUUUGAGAUUAUUAUGUGUUUCAUAGAGUCUAAGAACUUUUAACAAUAUUAGUUUAGAAUAGUUUUUAAUAAUAAAUCUGUCGUAUCUGCUUUAUUUUUACAUUAAUUUCGAAUAAAUAACAGAAUUAGAAAAUAUUAACUAAUUUCAAAUUUUUGCCCGAUAAUGUAUAUCAUACAGUGUGUUUUAAUAUUUUCCGUAAUGGAUUAAAUAAUUUAUAGAAUUUAAUUAUUCUGACGCGUAUUUCUUUAGAAUUCGUUAUGCAUUAUGUAAUACGUUGACUGCUGCCCGAUUGUCCUACUAUCUCAUUAAAAAACAAGUUUGUUUAAACGAACUACAGUUGCAUUUAAAAGACUGUAUAUAUUAAUACGUAUGAUAUUAAGGACGUUUAUUUAAUUUAAAUGCUUUAAUCAAUUCACGUUGAUGGCAGUCAACGUGUCAAUCUCAAAUGACUCGAAUAAAAGACAAAAUUUACAUUGUUAAUAAUUUAUAACGUGUAUAAGGUAUAGUUCCACUGUUAUACUAUCGUUGUACAAUAACGAACUAUCGUUUUAAUCGUUAAUUCCAUUCUAACGAAAGGGUUAAAGUGUGAAAUUCGUCGACAAUGACAAAAGAAAACUACCCCUUGGCUCUUUAACUAACGGAUUUGAUACAUAAAGCCGUAAUCUUUCUCUCAGAAAAUUAUGUGUGUGGAAUCCUUUCAGCAUUGGACGUUGUAUUAAUCUUGUCGAAUUUCGCUAAAUGAAUUCACGUUCUCUCGUUUUUCUCGCAACGAAAAUAAGCAAAUUUUACGCCUAUAUUUUUUACGAUAAUAGGUAUGUUAAUAAAGAUACGAUAAUAUAACAAUAACCAGUUACAUUUGGAUGUUUAUGCAUCUGUCAAAAAAUGUAGAAAAUGCACCUAAUAAUCCGCCAUAUAAAAAAUAUUCAAAUUAAUGAUAAAAGAUAUACAAAAAUAUGCAUUUUCUUAGAAUGCAAAUUUGCGUAAACAUCCACGGUUCGCGUGUUAAUUAAUAUUUAUAAAUCCAAUCGAGCGAAGCGACAUUACCACAGAGUAAUGACGUUACAAACAGCCUUUCCAACUUAUCACGCUUUCUUUGAAAACAUUCGACAGGCGCGUUCCUUGGCAAAAAUCAAUCGCGCGUAACACAGCGAACGAAACUGCAUUUCCGUCUGUCUGUCCGUCUAAUCUGUCGAAAUAGAAAGAAAAGAAAAAGCAAAAACACAGACAGAGAGAAGAAAAAAAGAAAAUAUAGAUUAGGAAGCGUGAACCGAUUCUGAAGCGAAUCGAAACGGAGCCAGGGGAAUGUUUAAUCGAUUCGCGCGACGAUUUUAGCCGGUAGGGUUAACCGUGCGCCUCUAAUUUAGACUGCAGCUGGUCUGUUUUGACUGCGGCAGAACGGGAAAACAAAAGGGGAACUGUUGUAGCUCGCCGUGCAUUGUGAACGUCGACCUAAAUACUACGAUUUUCCCCUCGGUAACGAGCCGAGCUUAGUCCGUUCGUAUUUCAUUGUCACGAAAGUUGUUGGGUGGUCUGUUCUAUUCCUAUAUUCUGUCCACGUCAAACGUGGCUGCUUGCCGAAGUUGUGAAAAUUCUUUCCGCUGGUACGAUCUACGCGGAAGAAUCGCUUAUUUUAAUUUAUCUAAUCGUCUAUGGCUGAUCAGAUGCUGGUCGAUCGUCGAGUGACGACUUAUUAACAGUCUCGCUGCUAUUGACGCGUACGUUGUGUUCCGUAAUUGGUAAGAUGGAUUCUGUGAAACCUUAGGAAUCGUUAUUUUUAACGUCGUAUUGUUAACCAACGUACAACUUAACCCAUUUGCGUCCAAGCGCAGAUUAAUCCGCGCGCUGCGACUGUCUUCUAUCACCAAGCGCGGAUUAUUACGCGCGCUGCGACUGCUUUCUUUUAUUUCCAUUUUAAUCUAAAUAAUUUUUACUUUUUCCUCUGUUAUAAAGAACGUAAGGUGCGAUGUUUGCGAAGUAACAUCGUCUACCAAUCGUUUUGAACAGUGAAUUUUCGAUAAACUCCAUGAAGAAUUCGGAUGUCAUUUACUGCACCUACGACCGACUGCGCGCGGUGAUAGGGACCAGUCCUCUCAAGUACAGCAUGAUGCAAAUGGGUUAAUAAUUAUCGGUUUACGCUAUCGUCGCAUAAGCCACAGGACGCUUAGAACUGGUACAGACGAAUGUUGGAAUUACAAAGUUAAAUCGACAUUCAAUUGUCAUCUCUGCGUGUACUUUUCGGAAAAUUGAAUUAUACCUGUUACGUUUUGGAGAUUUUAUUACAAAUUUAUUUUAUCGACGCGUAUGUAUAGGACAAAGAGAAGUCGCGUAACUUGUAGACGGAAGUGCAUAGAUAUACAAUCCACAGUAGCACGUUUUGUAAAUUUCUGACGAUUUUCGUCCACGUGCUAAAAUGAUCGUUACGCCAGUUAUGGGUUAAUGGUAAGUAAUAUCGCGACCACGAAUAUUACAUUUCUGCUUUGAUGUAUUUUGACAAAGUAACUUCGAAACAAGCAAUGGAUAUCGUAAUAGAACAAAUGUUAUUAAUAUAAAAUAAAGAAAUUUUUGAUGGGAAAGAAAAAGGGUAAAAUUGUACGUGCGGUGAUCACACGUCGUUAAUAGCAGUGAAUAUAUUAACUGGUUUGUGCCGAAUGUAUCGAAGACUUUUUUUUUUAUUUUUUUUUUUUUUUUUUGAGUAUUAAAGGAGGUUGUUUAAGUUUAACGAAAACUGUGAGUUUGGUAGAAUUGAAUUGAUUUAGAGGUAGAUACAUCUGCAUUUUUGUAAUCAUUGGGACAUCUAUGGACAAUUGAGAGGUUAUUGAAACGUAUUAAGAAUAAAUUAUUAUAUUUCAAUUCUCAGAGUGUAAAUUAUUUAUAUAUUCAAUACCGAGAUAAAAGUCUAAUUAAUUAUGUACAACAACAUCGAACGUUCUUCUCUCGUCUAUAUUCGUCAGGUCCCUCGAUUCUCUAUUUUAAUCAAUUCUAUCAUUCGUAUUAUUAAGUUUGCCACUGUAUUUGUGGAUAGACUUCUCAAAAUAUACUGUUUUAUUCGUCUCGAGAUCUUCUACGAUUUACAUCAAAUUAUAAUGAGAUUGACGCAUAUUUUCACAAAAUUUGUAUACGUUUUUCACCAUUGUUCUGUGCGAGUAGAAAAUUCUGAUCGAUGAAUAAGUAAACGUUCCCAUAUACAUAAAUGUCCUAUGAACAGGAGUGUACAUAUAAUAACAAUUAGAUUUCUUGCGUUUAUUAAGUAUUAUUACAUAUAGCUUCUGAUUUCUAUAAUUAUGACGAUAAGCUCUAUACGGGUGAUGAACAAGUUUGUAAAGUAUGUUUGUACGAAGUUGGAGGAUCGAAUCACAACUUUGUCAAGUAAAAGUGUUUGGCAAUAGACAGCGUUUCGAACCAACGUGAUUACAGGAACGAUCGUGUAAUUUGCAAUGACUUCUUUAAUUGCUGCUCGCUAUUUUCUGAGUCUAUGUAACUCGUACGAGUAACUUCUCAUUAGAAGGAUGUAUCAAGUGAUUACUUUAUAAGUAAUAAAAAGAUUUCUGAUUCUCGAA